GACAUUUCUCUUAGGGAAUGUUUUAAAGUGUAAAUAUAAUAAGGCAAGGCUCAGCUACGUGACUUUAAAGUCUCUCAUUGAACGGAAACUCUGGUAUGUGUAAAUACAAUGGUUUGUCUAAACUAUUUGUCUUAUGUCUGCGGUGUACCGUCUGUAAAAAAAUGUGAAUAGACUUGGAUCACAGACUCAUAGUUUAGUUAACAAAGUGAAUGGUUUGAACCCGGGAGUAUCGUUAGAUGUUUGUAGAUGUAGAUCGUCCAUAUUAGUAGAGUUUUGAGAAGGACUGUUUUGUUGUUGUUGACUGACGUUUCUGCAACUGUCAUUUGGGUUGCAAUAUUCUGAGUUUAGUUAACAUUGUUUAGAUUCUUACUAUCAAGUAUGAUUUUACUGCGUGAUUGCUAAGGACUUAGCCAUUAGGAGAAAUCGAGGAAAGAAAUCAUGCUUCCCAGUUCCCAUGAAAAUUUAAGAACGGAUCCGUUAGGAAUAUGUUGUAUCUUAAUCAAGAUAUGUGUUUGUCGUAUUGAUCAAAAUAUAUGCUGCAGAUUAUAUUUUAUGACAGACAGCGUUGAAGAGUUAGGUAUAGGUGAGUCCCAAUAUAUGCAUGUAAAUUAAUUGGCAAAUUUGGUCUUCAACAUCAAUCUAAGCACAAGCUGGACACUAUUGGACACGAAACGUGCAGAUGGGAUCGUGGUAGAUGUAAAAUAGGAUAAUCUGAAGAGAUAAUGGACGUGGAUAGGAAUUUCAAGGCAAACGAUUUGCUUCUUUGGCUUGCAGUAAUUUUUACUAUAGCUGCCGUUUUUUAUGGUUCUUAUCUUUUGCUCCGAUUUGAUGCUUUCGAUAUUGCUAGGGUAGAUAAAUUUCUUCAAGUAAAUAGCCUAAAAUGUCGGUCCUUUGUCAUUGGUCAUCGUGGCAGUAUGCUGGAGGCACCGGAAAAUACUUUAGUCGGUAUUCGUUAUGCAGCAGAGAAGGGAGCCGAUGCCGUUGAAUUUGAUGUUGAUUUUACCAAAGAUGGUCAUGCAAUUCUUAUGCAUGAUGCAACUGUGGAUCGAACAACUGACGGUUCUGGCAGAGUUGGUGAUUUCACCCUUGAUGAAAUUAAAAAACUCAACGCGUUAGGCGAUUUCAAAGAAAGUGAUAAAUAUUCCUUUGUUCAAGUUCCAACACUGGAGGAAACAAUUCAAACAUGUCUUGAAGUGGGUAUAAAAAUGUUCAUUGAAGUCAAGGCAUAUCAAGACUCGGUGAAGGCUGCAGUUCUUUUAAAUGACCUUUUUAAGAAGUACGAUCUUUAUGACAAAGCUCUAGUCCUCUCGUUCUUUCCCAAUGUGGUUUAUCAGGUUCGUAAAGCCAAUCCCAACAUCUUGGUUGUACAAAAUUGGAUUACACGAUAUCUUUCGUAUAACCGCGAUGGAACACCAACGCAGUCAAAUUGGUUGAUAUUGAAGUUGGCUAGGAGUUUGGAUUUGUUGGCAGAAAUCUCUGUUCAUAGUUGGUUGUUUUGGUUCUUACGUUUCCCAUUGCUAAUCACUCAUCAUAGCGAGGUCUCCGGUUUCUACGUUGAUCGCUGGAAAGAGUCAUAUGUGAGCGUGAUUGUGUAUGGAAUAAAAACAAAAUUGGAAUUUGAUUAUUUCAGCCAUCUUGGUUGCCCAGUCAUCGUUGAUAAUGUUGGCGAGAUGUGUUCACAAUAGUAAUAUGAUGGUUGAUAACUUACUUUGUACUCUGUGGAGUUCAUCAUACGUGUUUUCAUGACAUCAAAUGGUUGAGUCACUGCUGUAGCAAUUGUACCCUAAAUGGAGGAGUUUUAAAGACUUUGCUCUUAUUUGUCUUUCACAAACUUAGAACAAAUACGACAGAACAACACUCACAGCUAAGAAACUUGAUGCAAAAUGUGUUAAGAUAUUGUCAUCAAAAUAUCUAGUUGGAAAAAUAUAAAUACUAUUGUUAUUUUCUGCAAAAUUGUUAUAACAUGGUAUGAUUUAAACUAUACCUAGUGUUGAGCAAUGUUUCCUUGAUUUGAUCAUAGCAAGAGACCUAAAGGAAGUUAUCAAAAUUAAUAAAACAUUUUAGGUAUAA